AUGCACCACAGCGGCCCGCGCGACCCUUCUGGUAGAUACGGUGUGGGGAUCGCCCUCGCACAGCAAGCGGACCUCGCGCUUCUUGCUUUGGAACCAGUCAAUGACCAGAUGGCCUACGUGCGACUGAAGGGUCAUUUCCCGAAAAUAUCCAUCGUCUCUGUGUGCGCACCAACUUCAACUGCCGAACAGCGCGAUAAAGAGGUGUUUUACUCGCAGUUGCUGGCGUUAGUCGAACAGCUCCCUGCCCGCGAUCAGCUGACUGUUGCUAGGGCUUGGAGUGGUCGGACUGGACCUGGCGACUCCACAAACAGUCAUCUUAUUGGUCGCUUUGGACUUGGUACCCCAUAUGUAAAUGUCGUGAGAUUGUUGGACUUCGCUGAUCAGAACAGACUGUUGGUCACCAACACGUGCUUCCAGCAUCGCAAGAAACCUCUGCUGACAUGGUAUUUAAACAACGGUCAUACGGCCAGUCAGACUGAUUACAUACUAGUCAGCUCAAGGCUCCACAGCUGGGUUCACGAUAGUAGCUCGAUGCACGGUGCCGAGACUUAUAACGUUCAUGAGUUGGACCAUAUCCUCGUUCACACAGGCUUGAAAGUUCAUCUCUCAUCCGCGCCAAAAAUGCCACGUCCUCAACGCCUCGAUGUCGCAAAAAUCCGGCAAGCCAGCACUGCCGAGGCCCUAAGCAGAGAAAUCCGGAACUGUUAUACGACCCCAGCCGACGGAGAAGGCAGUAACCAGUGGUCAUCACUGAAGACGUCAGUCUAUGGGGCAGCUGAGAAAAACCUUGGAUACACCCAGCGACGCCGCAGUGACUGA